AUGGCCGUGGUUCUCACAACAGAGGACGACAGCUACUUCUCGCCGUCCUUGCGCCGUUCCCAUUCACAACCAAAAUUUGGGACGAAACAUUCGAGUUCUCGCACAUCAUCAUCAACUUCCCGACUCAGCGAUUUGUAUACCCAAUGUUCCCCGGGGUCGACAAUUUCCUCGACACCAUCCUCCCCGCCGGCCACCAAUACCGAGUCCGCAUACCUAUCCGAUUCGUCGACACCGGCCACCAACUUCUCCUUGGCCUCCGAUUGCGACGAGCCCUCUGCGACACCAGACGAAGUCUUUCUCCAGCAAUGCAAUGACGGGGGCUACUUUAGCCGACUGGGGAAUCAAGAACCUCCGUCGAGCCCGCGGGUCGGCGACUCGGACGCUUCUUCAAUAGAAGGAUACGACGAAUCGGCCGUAACGUCGAGACCCGGUAGCCCAGACUGCCACGAGAGGGCUGAGGAUGACAUCGCAGUACGGGCGCAGCCUUCCCGGCAUGUCGACUAUCUAUCCCAUGACUGGCGGGAGGAGGAUAUCUGGUCGUCAUGGAAGCUGAUCGUGUCAAGGAGAGGCGACUACAACAACUCUGCACGGCUGGAGAACGCGUCUUGGAGGACCUGGAUGAAGGCCAAGAAUAACCUGGACACGGUCUCGGCUGAGACUCUGAAUUGGCUUAAAGACUAUGACGUAACCUGGCUUUACGGGCCAUUACAGACGGGUACCUCCACCCUGAACCACACAUCGACGAACUCCACCAGCGCUAGGCUGUCUAAGUCGAACUCAUUCAUCAACAAGAAGCCCAUCUUGAAGAAGAGAAGCAUGUCGGAAAUCAUGCUCCAGAGGUCCCUUUCGACUUCUUCUCUGGUGAAACAGGCGGCCGCAGCGGUGCAGGCCCAGCAAAAGGGGGGGUUGAAGAGGAUAGGCAGGCGCCCGGGCAUCGAGCGGGCCAACACGGACUACAUCACCUUCCCUUUUUCAUCGCGCGGGUUGAGCCACGACGGCACCAGCCUGUUCCCUUCGACCAGGUCUUCUGGGGUCGUUUCUCCCAAUGGAGGGCGGAAGCAUAUCCAUUUCAACGAACGGGUUUCCCAGUGCAUCGCUGUCGAAAUCAAGGGCGACGACGAGGAUGAUGACCUCGAUACGGGCCGCUAUCAAUACGAUAGCGACUCAGAUGACGGAGCCAUCAUGAUGAAACGGACACAACCCAAGAAGAGGCGGCCGGUGCUGAGGAAAACGAAGAGCCACAACAACGGUGGCGAGAGCAAGACGAUCGCCAUGCUCCCCUCAACCACACUAAAGUACCGAGAGGACACUCCCAACCCGGUAGACACGGCCAUGAGGCAUAGCACCAGCGGCGGCCUGAGAAGCCCAAUAUUGUCGCCGUCGUCAUCCCAGGAAACCCUGCGGCCGGCCAAAAAGUCGGGGAAGCUUUUCUUCGAGGGGGAUGAAGACGACGACGACGAUGAUGACGAGGACGACGACAAGGUAGAAAAGAUCAACAUUCGACCCGGCGCGUUUUCAUCUCUGCGGUACAAUGAAGGCAUUUCCAAUUUGCGCCGGUCGGUAUCCACAGCCAGCCUCUCGGUCGAGCCGACCGGCAUGCAUAGGACUCCAUCGGGGAUGUUCAUGCCGACCGAGGCGCCAGUGUCUGGACCCCCGGACGAUGGCAUGAUCGGUCGAUUCAUUAACACGGUAAAUACGGCCCGGGACAUUGCCCACGUCAUCUGGAAUGUGGGGUGGAAGAGAUGA